CUCAAGCACGUAAACUGGGCCAUGCAAAAUGCAGCUUGGCACUGCGGUGAGACUUAUCGCAGAAAACCGCACCUGUUUCCCACCACUCGAACGCCCCAUCGAACGGUCCCUUCAAGACGAUCAACUCAAGUCGCGAAGCAGCAUAAAAAAUCAAUAGCCCUUCAGGCCCGUGGACAUUAUUUCAACGUCCCCGGGGUUCCGGAAAACACCUCUACAAUCCCCAUCCCCCCUCCCCCCCGUGGGACGCUCGAAAACUACCCCCAAAAGCUGUUGAAGCACAACCCUGGCAUGCAUAUCGGCACCUCGACACUCAACUGACGUUUUCUGUAUGUCUCACUCGCAUAAUUCAUCCGUUACUCGAAUAAAAAAACGAUAACCGUACUGCAUCUAGUCUACACAUCAACGAUUGAUGUCGGGGUUCGUUGCCGUCCUCGAGAGGAAACAGGGGCCGCCGGCGGCGGCGGCUGAACCAAGGGAACCACCGCCCCUCUCGGCCGUCCCCGCUCCUCCUUGGACGCGAGCACCGGCCCCCACCCGCCCACCAGCCCCCCUUCCUCUCCGCGAACACCAGCGGGGCGGCCCCGGCCACCCUGUCCCUGGCCGCGCCCGUCUCGCCCUUCUCGACCCCCACCACAGCCGCGCCCCCCGACCUCCGUCCGCGUACCACUUUGCCCACCCCCCACACUCAUCUCUCCCCGUCCCCCGCCCCUUCCCUCUCCCCGCCCCCCACUCUUCCCUGCGCCUCGUCCUCCAGCUCCCCGCCCGCCCCACCCGCCUCCCUGCCCACCGCUCCGCCCGCCGCCCUGCCCAAGAUUGGCCUCCCUCGCCGCCCUUGCCUCUGUACAGGCCUUGGCGUUGUCUGCCUUUACUUUUUCAGCUGCCUCCUUCUCUUCUUUGUCCUUCCUCGCCUUACCAAGGUGGUCUUCGGCGGACAGAAGACCGCCCUCGGGCUUCCCCCCGCCCGCCCGAACGGUCGCGAAAGACCUGGAGCGCUUGGUGAGGCGGGUGAGCCCGCCGAGGAACACGGAACACGGUGUUUACGCGGAGCCCCUCGAUCAUCACUCCCUGUCGUUUCAGCUUCAGGAGGGCAGCUUGGCCGAGAUCUUUUUCGAGCUGCUUCUUGGAGGCAACGACGGCGAGGUCUUAGGGAUAGGGCUGUCAUUCUCCCGUUGCUUCCUCUUGCUGUGUAGUCGGUUGAUGGCCUUCUCCAUAUUCACCGGCCACAAGCCCGCCCCUUUGAACGCCGUCAUGUUAUUCGCAGGCGUGAAGCUCCCUCUCCAUGCCUUUGCAAUCACGCCAGCCGUGUCGCGCGUCACCGGACUCCUCCCCCCGAUUUGCAGUGGGUAGGCCGUGAGCACCCUGGUGAGCUCCUUCUUGAAGGUUCCGAACGCACCAACGUCCAAGGGCUGGGUGAUGUGCGAUGUGUUGGACGGGAGCUGGAAGAAGUCGAUGUCCAGAGAGAUGGCCGAGCUGAUGGCGUCGAAGGUCGUGUGCGAGGCGUGGCCGUUGAGCACAAAGGCAACUUUGCCCUGCAAGCCGCGUGCGUCGAGCUGUUCGCGGAGGUCUCGAAGGUAGUCGAGAAACACAUGGCUCUGGAUGAAGGAUGACUCCGUGACGGUGUACUUCGCAUCGGGGACGCCGUUCUUGUCCUGGAUCCAAGCGGGUUGCAUACGCUGGCCUUUGUAGAUGAUGAUAGGGUUGUAGGUGUGGCCGUCGGCGCCGAUGCUGGCGACCACCGUCGUAUUUUCUCGCGAGUUGGAGCGCCUCGCGCCGGGCAUCUUGGUGCCUGUUGGC